UCUCUCUCUCUCUCUAUCCCCGUUUUCUAAUACAAGAAACAAUCUCCAUUUCAUAUAUAUACACACUGCUCUAUAUCGCACAAGCAUAUAUAAAAUUUAGAUCUAUAAUCAUUGAAAGAGCUUCUUUGAAGCCGGAAUGGAUCCUUCUGCACACCACCAGGAGCUAUUUGGGAAUUACAAAGCAUUAGAAGCCAUGAGUAGUGUAUCAUGUUCUUCAAACUCCCAAAGGCAAACGCAAACGCAAGACCAUCAGCAGAAGAAACCGCGGCCGCAGCCGCCGGAACAGUCCCUAAAAUGCCCUCGCUGCGAUUCCGCCAACACUAAGUUCUGCUACUACAACAACUACAGCCUCUCUCAGCCUCGCUACUUCUGCAAGUCUUGUCGGAGAUAUUGGACCAAAGGCGGGACUCUAAGGAACAUCCCCGUCGGCGGCGGCUGUCGCAAAAACAGGCGCUCUUCCUCCUCGACAUCGAGGCUCAGAACAACUUCUGAUCUGACCCACGACGCCAAAACGCUCUCAUCGGCGAGUUAUGGUGGCUACAAUGACCAAAUUGACCUCGGCAUGGCGUUUGCCUUGCUCCGCAAGCAGCCUCUGGAGUCACAACUAGGGUUUCCCACGGAAUUCGGAAGCUCUUUCGUCGGUGAUGUUUUGGGAAACUCGGGUAUGAUGGGCCAGAACGGAGGGGGAGCGGCGGAGAGCUCGGGUUUCGCCUUCGGAAACGCAAACGCUGGCAGUUUGGAUCAGGUCGCGGCAGAUCCAAACAGGGCCUUGUGGGGAUAUCCAUGGCAGAUGAAUGGAGAAAGCCUUGGGACGAUGAACUUGGGAGGUGUCGAUUAUCAUCAUAUCGAUUCAGGAAGAGAGAUUUGGAGUGGCGAUAAUGCGAUUACGAGUUCUUCUUGGCAUGGGCUGCUUAAUAGUGGUGCUUUAAUUUGAUGUAAGACAUUGUCUUUUUUUUUUUUUUGGAAUUAGGGUUUUGGAUUUUAAUUUCUUGUGAGUGCAUGGUAGAUUGUUACCAGACAAGAAAAAUAUAUUGUUUCUAGUUGAUCUUGUCAAUGGUGGUAUGGUACGGUGUCAAACUAAUGUACUUUUUUUUUUUGUAAUGGAAUUUUGAAUUAAUCAACUUGGUGUAACCAUCA